AAGAGCCAACUUCCAGGCAACUGCAGUUUGAAAUCAAUGAAGAGACACCUCCAGGAGCUGAAGCUACAGUUGAGAACAGCUGUCAGUUGGGAGAAUCAGGAUUAACUGAAUGUGGGGAAAUUCUAAAGAAACUCUCCAGGUACCUUUGGGCCCACCUGUCAAAAUCCGAGAGGGUCAGCUUGCUGAAAGACUUCGUUGAAUCUGAAUUUUUUUUGAUUGAUGGAGAUUCCUUACUCCUCACUUGUGCUCUCCAUGUGAACCUCAAGAUGGGGCAAACCCUCCACUUCUUCUACAUUAUGGAGCGGUUUCUGCACGACUUCAUUCAAAAGGAAGCCAGAUUUGUAAUCGUCUUUUUUAAGGAUGCAGAAAAUAUAUAUUUUAACUGCCCUCAUUUUCUGGCCCUUCGUACUGCCCUGAUUCAACAUUUAGAAUACAAUACUGAUGUCACUGUUCAUACCGAGUUUUCCAAUUGUUUGUCUCCAGAAUGGAACACAUUUCUUGAGGAAUGCUACCCGCAUUUCUUGGUCGUCUCAGACGAAGGAAUCACCGCUCGACAAACAGAUUUUUUAAACAUUUUUAUCAUUCAUGCUCUUCAGAAGAAAAUCAAUAUAGUACAGCCCUUGGGGCUAGAGUCGGAUGUCCUUAGAAUUUAUGGAUAUCAUACCUCAAGUCGCUUUGAGCACAGACAAUUCUUUGAAAUGCAUGAGAAACAGCUGCGACAUGCCUUGGUUUUCCAAAAGUCACAGGAAGCAAGAAUAUCUGUGUGUGGUCAUUUGAAAUUAAAUGUGGAAGACCUGCAGAAAGAGGUGCAUCAAACCCUGUCCUUGCUUCAGGACCUGUGGCCACAAGGAGCUGAAAUCCGAGGUGUUGUCUGCUCCGUUUCAUGCUCGGUGGCACUAAAGCUCUACAAAAAAAUGUUACUAGAUUUAGAAGACCGUGGAAAACCCAAACACAUACACAGAAAACUGUGA